AUGUUCAUAGACGCAUGCGCAAAUAUUAAGUGCCAGUCAUAUGAAGAGUGCAAAUACAACAGUGCCAAGAAAAGUGGUGAAUGUCGAUGUUUGGAUGUAUCUAAAUGUCCAUCAGACAGCAGUGAAGUUUGUGGCUCAAACGGGAAAACAUACCAAAACGAAUGCGUGAUGAAGACGUCUAGCUGCCAAGAGGGAAAGAACAAUGUCAACGUAGUAGCAGUUGGGAAGUGCCACUAUGGUGGAAUUUGCCGAGGUCCUCAGCCUGCGCCUCCAGAUGGUGUCACGUGCAGAUCGAGUACUUACCGAUACUGGUUCGAUGCAAGUACUGGACAGUGUAAACGAUUCGCUUUCGGCGGCUGCUUUGAAGGAACAAACAACUUUUACACUGUGGAGGAUUGCCAACAGAAAUGCAUUGAUACUAACAUUUGCAAACUGCCAUUCGAUGCCGGGAAAUGCAACGUUGAAAAGAGCGUUCGAUGGUUCUACAACUCUUCGUCCAACCAAUGUCGAAAAUUUCGAUAUGGAGGAUGUUUUGGUAACGAAAAUCAUUUCUACAGCCGAGACUCAUGCUUGAACAAAUGUUGCGAGUGUUUUUCAAAAGCUUCCCGAAAAGUUGCAGUUAAAAAGAAUGACGCAAUGGUCGUGGUGAGUGUAAAAUCAAUAAAGUCAACUAGAGGUGGCAAAGUAAAAUACGACGUCAAACUUGCAAAAGUAUGCAAAGCAAAAAAUAGCGUUUCUGACAAACUGCACUCUGGGAAAACUAUUUCUUUAUCUGUACGCCAAGAAGUGGAUGGGAAAUCCAGCUGUUUAUGUCCAAAAUUGGUUGAAGGUAAAGACUACCGGAUGGCAGUUAACCUAGGCGCAACUUCCAGCAAGAUUUGGGAAAUCGAAUUACCAAAGUUGUAUUACAUUAAACAGACAAGAACAUGUUGA